AUGCGAGGAGGUUUUGGCAGCAGGAGUCUCUACAACCUUGGAGGCAACAAGAAGAUUUCCAUCAGCGUGGCUGGAGGCAGCUCCCGGGCUGGAGAGUUUAGGGGGACCCAUAGAGGCAGUGGUUUUGGAGGUGGUUUUGGUGGGCCUGGUGGCUUUGGUGGGCCUGGUGGCUUUGGUCCUGGUGGCUUCCCCGGAGGAAUCCAGGAAGUGACUGUCAACCAGAGCCUCCUGCAGCCCCUCAAUGUGGAGAUCGACCCCCAGAUUGGACAAGUAAAGACCCAGGAGCGAGAGCAGAUUAAGACCCUCAACAACAAGUUUGCCUCCUUCAUUGACAAGGUGCGCUUCCUGGAGCAGCAGAACAAGGUCCUGGAGACCAAGUGGAGCCUCCUACAGGAGCAGGGCUCUGGUUCUAAUACCAACAACAACAGCCUAGAGCCUUUUUUUGAGAACUACAUCAGCAGCCUCAAGGCCUUCCUGGAUGGGCUGCACUUGGAGAAGGACAAGCUGCAGGGUGAGCUGAGGGGCAUGGAGGAGAUGGUGGAAGACUUCAAGAAGAGGUAUGAAGAGGAGAUCAACAAACGUACAGCUGUGGAGAAUGACUUCGUACUCUUGAAGAAGGAUGUUGAUGCUGCCUACAUGACCAAAGUGGAACUGGAGGCCAAGGUGGAGACUGUGACAGAUGAGAUCAACUUCCUGAAGGCUCUCUAUGAUGCCGAGUUGUCCCAGAUGCAGUCAGACACCAGUGACACGUCCGUGGUGCUGUCCAUGGACAACAACCGCUGCCUGGACCUGGACAGCAUCAUCUCUGAGGUCCGUGCCCAGUACGAGGCGAUCGCCCAAAGAAGCAAGGCCGAGGCUGAGGCGCUGUACCAGAGCAAGCUAGGGGAGCUGCAGACCACAGCCGGCAGACACGGGGAUGAUCUGAAGAGCACCAAGAGUGAGAUCAUGGAGCUCAACAGGAUGAUCCAGAAGCUGCGGGUGGAGAUCGAGAGUUUCAAGAAGCAGAAUGCCAACCUGCAGACGGCCAUCGCUGAUGCAGAGCAGCGUGGGGAGCUGGCCCUCAAGGAUGCCAAUGUCAAGCUUCAGGACCUCCAGGCCGCCCUGCAGCAGGCCAAGGAGGACCUGGCCCGACUGCUGCGUGAGUACCAGGAGCUGAUGAAUGUCAAGCUGGCCCUGGACGUGGAGAUCGCUACCUACCGGACCCUCCUGGAGGGCGAGGAGUGCAGGAUGUCUGGAGAGUGCCAGAGUUCCGUGUCCAUCGAGAUGGUGCACAACAGCAGCAGCAGCGGUGGCAAUGGCAGCGGGGGAUCCCUGGGAGCCGGUGCCCUGGAAGGCGGAGCUCUGGGAGGCGGAGCUUCAACCCGUGGGGGCCGGGGCCGUGGGGGCCUGGGCUCAGUGGGGGGCUCUGUGGUGCGAGGCGGCGGCUUCUCUGGUUCUGGCAGUUCUGGCGGCUCUUGUGCUGUCAGCGGAGGCGGCAGCCACAGCUCAAGCCGCAACUCGCAAAGCUCCUCCCAGAGCCAGCGGUCCCACCACAAAUUCUGA